AUGGACAAAGCACAAAAUGCCGAAAAGGCACCUCCCGCCGCCUCGGCUGCGCCCAGCCCGCCCCCGAAACCUCGCAACCCGGCCCUCAAAAUGCUCGGUCUUCCCGCUCUGCCCAAGAAGCUCCCCUCGCGGAAUUGGAUGAUCUUCUGGGCCAUCACCGGCGCCUUCACCACAGCCAUCAUCUACGACAAGCGCGAGAAGAAGCGUGCGACUGCGAAAUGGCGCCGCGCCGUCGAGCCCUUGUCCCGUGAGCUCAUUGGCUCUCCGAAUGCUCUGCCUCGCAAGCUCACCGUCUAUCUGGAGGCACCGCCCGGGGAUGGGCUGCGCGUCGCUCAGGAUCACUUUAUCGAGUAUGUGAAGCCGGUGCUGUCGGCAUCUGGGCUGGACUGGGAGUUUGUCCAGGGAAGACAGCAGGGUGAUGUGCGGGCGGCAGUGGCAGAAAAGAUUCGUCGGUCGAGAAUGGCGGAUGAGCGGCCGGGCGAGGAAGUCCCCAAAACGGAUGAUUCCAUCGUCGAGGAUAUGAGGAAGAAGAUGGGAUUGCAGGAUUAUGAAGGCGUCAAGGGCGACAUUGUCAUUGGCCGUCAUGCCUGGAAGGAAUAUAUGCGUGGGCUACAUGAAGGCUGGCUUGGCCCCCUGGAUGCACCGCCGUUGCCAGAGCCGGAACCAGCACCGGAACCCACGCCCGUCCCAGAGCCAGUUACCGCCAAGAAUGAGUCUGAAGUUGGUGAUGAGAAACCCGAUGGGAAACCCGAUGAGAAACCCAAUGAGACAAAGGAGGAGGAGAAGAAGCCAUCUCGACCGCCUCAGCCUCGCCCUCACAACACCAUCGCCGACUACGAAUCCGCCUCUCUCCCCGUACACAUCCCCGCUGAAUUCUCACCCUCAACACCCAUCGCUUUCCCCCACCGCCUAGGCUUCAGCCAGACCUUUGUCCGGCUAGGCCGCUUCCUCAACCGCCGCAAGCUUGCUGACGAUAUUGGCCGCGAGGUAGCCGCCGUCUGUUUCGCCGCCGCCCGUGGCUACCGUGAGGCAGACGGCCAAUUCGAGCAGCAGCUCGUGCUGGAGCAGGAGGAGCGGGACUGGCCCAAGAGCACAUGGAAAGAGGAGGAGCCUCCCAAGGACGAGGACAAGAAGGCUGCCACUGAGCCGAAAAAGGAAAGAAUCUGGGCGAGCCCCAUGGUUGUGGAUUCCCGGAUCGUGGAGCGCAUGAGGCGUUUUGAGAUUCAACCCGAGGAUGAAGAGCGGGCACGCAGGAUUGUCGUUCCGGAGGAGGAGGUUGAGGGUUGGAUCAAGGGCAGCCUGAGGAGUGUGUGGAGAUGGGGGGCUAGCUCGUGGGAUAACAAGCCCAAGGGUCCUAAUGUCGGAAACUUGGAUGAUGAUUAA